UGCCAGUGCACUAGCGCCGCCGCUCUCCGUAGUAUUUUGGUAUACGUACCGUCGCCCGGUGCGACCGAUGUGUACUGUGUAGUUUAGGUGAACGUUAAUUUUUUUUUAAGUUUUUUAUUUUUAAUUUUUAAUUUUUCUCUUCUCUCUUUAAACAACUAAAAAUGAAUCAGCUCGGCGAAUCUGAGCUGUUCGGGGCGUCCCGACGACCUGCACGACAAUCAUAACUAUAUAGGAUGCAACUAUCUACUUACCUACCUAUCGAUGAAAAUAAUAAAUAUUGAAAUCAUAAAAUCUAUCAGCGGCCACAUAGCGGAGCAAUAACAAUACAGUAAUUAUAGUUCCGCUGGGAUCAGACAUAACGUUAUAAUGGACAGUUCGGAAUACGAAUCGGUAAGAAACCAAACGCUGCUGUUCUUUUUUGAAAAAUUGGUUGACAAGGGCACUCCACGAUCCUUGCACGAUUUAAGCUGCCAAUUUGGUUCAAAAGGAUUCACUAAAGAGAUGCGUCAGAUCGCUGGCGGAUCGCAGUCGGGCUUAAAGAAAUUCCUGUCGCAACAUCCAUCUUUAUUCACGUUGGAUGGAGAUCUAGUCGCCGCAUCUCAGAUAGUUGCACCAGUACAAUCCGAUACCAAUUAUAACCACAAAGCUGUCCAUUAUUUUAAGGAUAAAUUGUUGAAAUAUGGAGUUGGAACUGAAGUACCAAUCCGAUGCCUACUUGGACACCGUUCUCAAGCGCCACCAGAAAUUCGAUUAAUAUCUGGUCUACACAUCAAAGAAUUUAGAGAUUUUCUGUUGAAAUAUCCUGAUGUAUUUACUGUAGGUGAAGAUACUAUUAUACUUACAGAGUAUGCAGGACUGGAGCGUAAAAUGUAUGAUGAUAGCGAUCAGCGUGAAAUUAAAAUUGAUCCAGAAAUCACAAAACGUCUUUUAACGUUUUGUGUACAAUGCUUAGAAUGCAAAGGACCAAUGUUAACUGAUCAAUUGUUUCAUAGUAUUUCUUUACGUUUUACAGAAAACACUUGGUCUUCAAUUUUUAAAACUCCAUCAGAUUUAUUCACAUUUUUGAAAAUGCAUCCUGACCAAUUUAAUACACAAUCUAAUUUAAUAACAUUAGCAAAAAAUGAUCCUAAACCAGAAGUUAAAAUUGCUCGAAUUCCUAUAGAAGUCGUACCAUUAACUCCUCCUAUGUCCCCUCCUCUACCCAAACCAGUAUCAAAUAAUAAUCAAUCCCUUAAACAAAGAAUCAAUAAUUUAGUUAUGAAAACGAUCGCAGAAAACACCGAGCGAAAUAGCAAAACACCAAACGGCUAUGAUGAUAGUGAUGCAUGGAAAGGAAAAGUGUUAAACAAUAUCAAAGCAAUAGUAACAAAUAUUAAAGAAUGUACUAAUAUUGUCGAUAAAAUUUUGGCACGAAAGUCAGCUAUUGGUAUAGAUUUUGAAGGUGUAUCUAUUGGAGCCAGCGGUCAAUUAAGUUUAAUGCAAGUGGUAACUGAUGAUGGAUUAUGUUUUAUAUUUGAUUUAAUUGCUUGUCCACAAUUAAUUAAAAGUGGUGGAUUACAAAGUUUACUAGAAAGUGAAGAAAUACUUAAGGUGAUCAAUGAUUGUCGAAAUGAAAGCUUAAACCUGUACAACCAGUUUGGCAUUGCAAUGAAAAACGUGUUCGAUAUUCAGGCCGCUAUUGCUAUUAUUCAAUUUCAAGAAACUGGACAACCGGUGUACAAGGCAAAAAAUUUUAGUCUAAAUGCCAUAUGUGAAAAGUAUGAUUUACCAAUAAACUCAUCUAAGGAUCAAUUGAGAACUUUAAAUAAAAAAGAUCAAAGGUAUUGGCUACGAAGGCCUUUAUCUAAAGAUAUGCUUGCCUAUGCUGCUAGUGACGUACUAACUCUCAUGCCUAAAUUAUAUAAAACUAUAUCUGCUCAAAUUCAUCCGUCCAAUACUAAAUUACUUGAAGAGUUAUGUGAAGAACAAGCAUUUUUAUACAUUGUCCCAGAUAAUGUUCAAAAGCGUAAGCACCAACGUAAAAUUGAUAAUGAAUUACAAGUUCUUAAAGAAAAAUUGUCUUCUGAUAAUGGAAAAAAUGUCGUUCUUAGUAAUAGAGAAUUGAGAUUAUUAAGGCACUUGGAAUUAACUGAUGAAGAUAAAGAAAAGUUAAAAGGAUCCAUGAAGGUUGCAAAAAAGUUAGAAAAAAUGGAAGGAAAAAAUAUGAAAUAUAAUGGAGAGGAAUGUGAUUCCAACGAAUUCCUCAGUUUAGACAGUAAUAUUAGUGGCAAAUCAACAUCAUCAGAUAAUUCUGCAUCAGGAGAAUUUCAAUCUAUUGUAUCUGAACAACCACCAAGUCUUACUGAAUCUAUGCAAAUGAUGGAUGAUGUAUUAUCAGAUAAACUUAUGGAUCGUUUGGAAAAAAUUGAACGUUUAGAGUCAUUGUUGACUAUGGCUAUGGAUGCAGAACCAGACCAAACAGAUAGUUUAGAUACUUCACCUAUGAGUUGCAAGUGCACAUGCCAUUUAUUUGCUACUGAAACCGUUGAUAUGUCCACACAAACUGAACCACUAUAAUCUAUUAUUGUUGGAAAUGAAUGUGAAAUACUUUGGGUUUAUUAUUAAGAUGUUUAAACCUUAUACCCGGCCAUGGCCUUUGAGUCUAAAUAUUUAGUUUACGACCAGGUUUCAUAUUACUUUUGAUUAAAGUAAAAAGUGGUAUUGGAAAAUCUGGAUCCGUGUAUAUAAUAUAUAUAAAGAAACUAAUUAACAGGGUUGAGUCUGUACAAUAUCCGUCCAUAAUAUUAUACCUGUUAUAUUUUGAUUAACGAUAUAGCAUAGGUUAUAAAUAAUAUUAUUCAAAAUUUGACAGCAAUGAAAAUACAAAACCGCAGACGGUUAGACAAAUUAGACUGAAAAAAUUAUAUUUUUAUUAAAUUUGCGCUAGCAUCACAACGUGCCUAUGUAGAUUUUAGAUAAGUUAAUUAUAGUUGAAUUUGUUUGCUCAAACAGUAUUAACCUAAAUGAUAGUAUUGCAUUGUGAAGUCCAUACGUAACAUAGUUUAAACUAAUGAACUACUAUCAUGAAGUAGAAGGUAUGUGUAUUCAGUGGCGGAUCCUAGACCCCCCCCUCAAAUUAAAUAAAAAAGAUAUUAUUGGGCCAAGCUUUUGCUUAUUUUUAUCUGAUGACCUUUUUUUGCUGUUUAUGCGCCCUCCCCCCAUGGAAAAUUUCUGGAUCCGCUUCUGUGUGUGUUACUGUUAGGGAUUUAAAAAAUAUCUGUUUAAAAGUAGAUGUUUUGCUAUAUACUUAUUUAACUUGAGUAUCCCAAGCAUGUAAGCCAUACUUUUUUUUCUGAAAGGAGGAAUCAUAACAAAUAAUAAAUUAUAAAUUAAAAAUGAUUUUGUAUGAUGUGAAUGGGAGGGUUCUAACAUCUAUUUCCCUCUGUAAAUGUGCCUGGCGUGUAAUGUGGUAGAUGGACAUUUUCUUCCGACCAUUUUUAGUUCUAAGAGACAUUUCCUCUUCUUGUAUAUCUUACACAUAGUUGUUUAUGAUUGUAUAAAUUUGGCAAUUCACUAUUAUCUAUCUUAUAGUUCUUUAUGAUAAUUACUGUUUAUAUGAUUAGGAUUGACUGUGAGAUAUGCAUAUAAAUACUUGAUAAGUGAUAUAAAAUAAUUUACAAUUUUACACUGAGACUAUCCUAAUUACUGUUGAGUACCUAUUAAGUGAAUGUGUAGUUGUUUGAAGAAGUAUACAGUGGUGCCAUGAUAAACUAUGAUAGUAUAUUGGAUUUAAUUAUACAAGUUAUAGAUAUUUGGAUAAAAGCACACAUGCAGUUUGCCCUAUAUUUUAGUUCCAUACCUAUUUAUUUAUAAUUUUUUUUUCACUUGGCAGUUAUGUAUUCUAUUAUUAGUCUAUAAUUUUAAUGUAUUUAAACAAUUUUAAAAUUAAGUGAGAAAAUGUCCUACAUUCGUCUGGUAUAAUCCUAUUUGUCUUCCUUGAGUGGUGUUAUUGUACAUUGUUAACAAUAGUCUUAAUAUUUAUGUAUCAGUGUUGAUAAUGUUACUAAGUAUUAUUAUUUUAUUAUCGUUAGAAAAAUAUUAAAA